AUGCGCUUCGUGAGGAUAACCCCGGAAAUGACCGAAAUGGUGAUUCAGCACCUGAGGGACAGUUUCUUUGCUGACGAGCCGCUCAACAAGUCGGUGCAGCUCUGCGAGCGGGGAAACCCCCACCCGGCACUCGAGCAAAUGUGCAAGGCUACCAUUGCCGAUGGACUGUCGUUAGCGGCUAUGGAAGAUAAAGAUAUAUUCAAAGCGGACGCAACCGGUGCAUUCUCGCAGAGGAUCUGCAGACAGUUCGGUAUGAAGGUGAUCGGUAGGAUCCGGUACGAUGAGUACCUGGACAACAGCGGGGAACCUGUGUUCAACGUGGAAGAGCCGCAUGUAGAGUUGGCGAUUAUGAUACUGGAUUUACGUUGA